AUGUCAGAUAUACCAAAAUCAAUUAUAACAGCUUUAACAAAAUAUCAAGAUAGACCAUUUAUUUUAUAUCUUGAAAAAGAUUUAAUAAAAUUUAUAAAAAAUUCAAUUUUAGGAAAUAUAAAACAACCAGAAUAUGUUAUUCAAGCUCAAUAUUUAAAAAAUUCUUAUUAUAGAUUAUUAAGUCAUCAAUUAUGUCAUUAUUAUCAACUACAGCAUUGGAAUAAUCAAUCAAAUGAAAUUGUUGUUACUCCAACUGAAAAUUUUGAUUAUAAAUCUUUUAUAUUAAUAAUUGAAGAUGAAAAUAAUGAAUUUAUGAAAAUAAGUGAUAUUGCUCAUCAAUAUCAAGCUGAACAUUCUCCAAAUACUUUUAAUAAUCAAGAAUUAAAUGAUGAGAGUACUAGCAAUAAGGCCGACAUUAAUGAUAAUAGUUCCAAUGGUAUUAUAAACAACAAAGACGACACUAGUAAUAAUAUCCAAGUUCCAUCAGAUGUAAAUAAAAAUGUAAAUUCAGAUAAACCAACAAAGCCAAAGUUCAUUGUUAAGAAAAUCAUCAAUAAACCUCAAACCCCUGAAAUUGAUAGCUCAAAGGAAACUAAUAUAGAGAAAAAAUUAACAAAUUUAAAAAUUAAUGAUAAUGAUAACAAAAAUAACGAAUCUAGCAUACCACAAUCAGAAGAUUCUGAUGUAUCAAUAACAACUGAUUCAACUAAUAAAUCAACCAUAGAAAGUCAGAGAGCUUCAAAAGAAGCAUUAUAUAAGAAAUUAAGAGAUGAAAUAUUUUUAAAAGAAGAUGAAGAUCAAGAAGGUGAUGAUGAAGAAGAAGAAGAAGAUCUCGAUGAUGCGGAAGAUGUUGAUUCAGAAGAAUCAAAUAGUAAAAAAGGUCAAAACUCGGAAACAGAUAAUCACACAUUCACAAAAGACCACAGUCAUAAGAGUAAAUAUCAUAACAAUAAUAAUAAUUACCGAUAUAAACAUAACAAUAAUCAAUACUACAAUUCACAUCCAAAUCAUCAUCAUAAUCACCACAAUCAACAACAACAACAACAACAUCCAUAUCAAAUGCCAAUACAAUUCACCUACCCACAAAUGUAUUCACCACAAGGUUUAUCCCCAACUAUACCACAAGGUCCAAUACUAUAUAAUCCAUAUUAUCCAAAUCAACCACAACAUAUAAUACCACCACAAGGUUUUACUACAUACACUACCUUCCCAAUUCAUCAUCAACCUCCUUACGACAAGGAAACUGAAAGAAGAAUUUUAAAUAAUCCUUAUAUUAUAUUACCAGGUGAUGAUGGAUCAAAUGAUAGGUUUACAAAUAAUAGCGGUAAUAUUAAACAACAACAAAAAUUGAAGAAGAUUUACAAUAAUAAUAAUAGUAAUGGUUAUACAAAUGGUAAUACUAAUGGAAAUUAUAAAGGUAAUAACGGUAAACAUUAA